AUGCUGCUAUGUGGGAUCAUCGACGAGCUGCAGGAGCCGAAUACACCUAAUCCUUUAGCAUACUUCCUCUGCCAGGCUACAGACUCACGCAUCAACAGCGCCACGGCUGUUCUGCGAGGUUUGUUAUACUUACCGGUCGAGCAGCAACCAUCACUAAUCUCGCAUGUUCGGAAGAAGUACGACCGUGCUGGCCAAGCACUAUUCAAUGAUACCAACGCAUGGGUUGCCUUGUCGGAGAUUUUAACAAACAUUCUGAACGACGCAAAUCUUGAAAAAAAGUACUUGAUCAUCGACGCGCUCGAUGAGUGCACUAUAGACUUGCCAAAGCUACUAGACUUUAUCGCUCGGAACUCUUCGAAGUCGCCACGCGUCAAAUGGAUCGUCUCGAGCCGUAAUCAGCCAGAUAUUGAGGAAGGGCUAGAGAAGCCUAGCCAAGAAGGGAAGCUGAGUCUUGAGCUCAACGCAAAGUGGGUCUCGCAGGCCGUCGACACCUUCAUCAGUUAUAAGGUUACCCAGCUGGCACGAAAUAAAGGAUACGACCGGGAGACUAUACAAGCCGUCCGGGAACAUCUAAAAAAAAAUGCGAACGACACCUUUCUUUGGGUGGUAUUGGUAUGUCAAGAACUCGGAACGGUUCCGGCAUGGAAAGCCAACAACGUGGUUAGAAGCUUUCUAAGGGGGCUCGACGAUCUAUACGCACAAAUGAUGCGGUAUCCGGGUGCACUGCAGGAUAUCCUUAGCUCCUGCGGAUCAUUCCUUACUGUACGAGAAGAAACUGUUUACUUUGUGCACCAAUCGGCGAAAGAUUUUCUACUGACGAAACCAUCUCCUAAGACACCCAACGGAGCAUUCGAUGAGCUAUUCCCCUCUGGGAAACCUAAAGCCCAUCACUCGAUUUUUUCUAGGUCCCUCGAUGUCAUGUCCGGAACAUUACGCCGAGACAUGUACGAUCUGAAAGAGUUAGGGUAUCCUGCGGAGAAGAUCAGACAGCCCAAUCCAGACCCGUUAGCAGCGUCGCGCUACGCGUGUUUUUACUGGAUCGAUCACCUCAUCGAUUCUGACCUCAACGACGGAGGCUCUGUUGAUACAUUUCUAACGCAGAAGUAUCUCUACUGGCUGGAAAGUCUUAGCCUUUUCAAGGACAUGUCUAAGGGAAUUGAUUCUAUAACGAAGCUGGAGAAGCUGGUCCAGAAAACGUUAAAUUUAGUUAAGCUUAGUAGGCUUAUCCAAGACGCUCGGCGGUUCAUCAUGUAUCACAAGGGAGUAAUUGAGCAAUGUCCGCUUCAGGCAUAUGCGUCUGCACUCCUAUUCAGUCUAGAAGGUAGUAUAAUCAGACGCCUUUUCAAGGAAGAAGAGCCGAGGUGGGCAACAAUAAAACCGGCCG